CACCCCCAAAACCCCCCUGCCUUCUCUCGCCGAUUCCGCCACCGCCGCCGCGCCGCGCCUCGCCGCCGGCCGCCCUUCGAUCUCCUCCUCCUCCUCGGAAUGGAUCUCUACAUGGACGACUACAUCGACCCCUACGAGGAGGCCGAGGCGGAGGCCGCCGCGGAAGCCGCCGGGCUGACGUCCGCGGCAGCGGCGGAGGACUCCUCCGACGAGGGCGACUCCGAGGACGACUCCGAGGCCGAGAGCGACUACGAGGAGAGGUCCUACGGCCUCCUCCGCUCCGGCAACCACCGCGUGCGCAACCCGGACGGCACCUUCCGCUGCCCCUUCUGCCCCGGCAAGAAGAAGCAGGACUACAAGCUCAAGGACCUCCUCCAGCACGCCGACGGCAUUGGCGCCUCCAGCAAGCGCCGCCGCCACGGCCGCGAGCGCGCCUUCCACCGCGCCUUCGCCCGAUUCGUCCGCACCGACCCUUCCUUCGCCCAAGACCUCGCCGCCAUCAACGGGAUCGCCACCACUGCUGAUGCUAUCUCUAAUUCUAGUGCUGCCGGUGCCAAGGAGAAGGCGGAUGCCAAUGGCGACACAGACGGAUCCGCUUCGGUGGCGGCUGUGGCCGCGGGGAAUAGACGGGAGGAGGAGAGGUUUGCUUGGCCAUGGAGUGGGGUUCUUGCAGCUGGUGCAGGGUUCAAUGCCGAGGACUUCGCGGAUAGGGUCGCAAUGUUUGGUUUGGAUGAUGUUGUGCCUUUAGUUGUCGAUGAUGCGGAAGGCGCUGAUAGCUUUGCGAUUGUGAGGUUCGCUAAUGGUUGGGGUGGAUUCGGCGAUGCGCUCACGCUCGAGAACCAUUUCAACAAGAAUAAGCUUGGGAAGAAUGAAUGGGAUGCAAGGGGUAGUGCUGGAGAUGCUGUGAAGGGAGAUGAUGGGGACACAGAUGUUAAGGUUUAUGGUUGGGUUGCCCGAGAAGGGGACUAUAAUGCCGGGAAUGUGGUGGGCAGGUAUUUGAGGAAGCAUACGAACCUGACAACCAUAGAUGAGGUCUCCAAGAGUGAAUCGGAAAAGUCGGGGAAGAUGGUAGCGAUACUGGCAACUCAGAUCGAGGCGAAAAAUCGAUUCUUGCAGGACUUGGAGACAAAAAAGAAUGCAACCGAACUCUCCAUUGCACGGCUCGAGGAGGACAACAGGAAGCUACACGAUGCAUAUAAUGAAGAAAUGCGCAAUCUACACCGGAGAGCUCGUGAUUAUGCUUUAAGAGUUUUCCAGGAUAAUGAAAACUUGAAGCUUGAAUUAGAUAGCAGGAGGAGAGAAUUGAAUUCACGUGCUAAGCAGCUUGAAAAGAUAACAGCUGAGAAUGCAAGCGACAGGAAAAAACUUGAUGAUCAGAAGCAAAAGGCAAAGGAUGAUAAUAGUGAACUUGAGCUAGCAAGCAUAGAACAGCAGAGGGCUGAUGAAGAUGUAAUGAAGCUAGUUGAGGAUCAGAAGAGGGAAAAGGAAGAUGUCCUUGCAAGAAUGCUUCAGCUGGAAAAAGAGCUGCAUGAAAAACAACAGCUUGAGCUUGAAGUAACACGGCUGAAUGGUACACUUCAAGUGAUGAAGCAUUUGGAAGGAGACGAUGAUGGGGAUAUUCAUGAUAAGAUGGAGAAAUUGAGUGAAAGAUUAGAACAUGAAAAGAAACGUUUGGAAGAAUUGAGCGGAGAGCUGGUGAAGAAAGAACGUGAAAGCAACGAUGAGUUACAAGAGGCCAGAAAAGAACUGAUAAUGGGUUUGGAGGACAUGCUAACUGGGCGAACUGCUAUUGGGAUAAAAAGGAUGGGGGAACUUGAUGAGAAACCUUUCCAAAAUGCAUGCAAGAGAAAGUACGGAAACGAUGACUAUGAGACCAAAGCUGCGGAGCUGGUCUCAAGUUGGCAGGAGGAAAUAAAGAAGCCAUCCUGGCAUCCUUAUAAGAUUAUAACGGUUGAUGGCGAAGAUAAGGAAGUUGUAGAUGAUGACGACACGAAGCUGCGGCACUUGUGGAUCGAGUACGGUGACGAUGUGUGCAAUGCAGUGAAGACCGCCCUGAGCGAGGUCAAUGAGUACAAUGCCAGUGGACGGUAUGUUGUGCCCGAGCUGUGGAACUUCAGGAAAGGCCGAAAGGCGACAAUGAAGGAGGUGCUCAAGUACAUCUUUGGACAGAUAGAGACAACCAGCAAGCGCAGGAGGCCGUGAAGUUCGUCCUUCGAUGGAUGAAGAAGCUGACAGGCAAGCGAAGGAUGGUUUGAGGUGCUGGGUAUUGGUGCUAGGUAUCAAGAGCUGCUGCCUUCUGUUAUCAUCUCAGGUCAGGUUGGAGGCGCUGGUCAAUUGAUGGGUCUAAGUUGAUGAAUACUAGUGUAUUGAUCAAUGGAUGCCCAUAAGGCUGUGCCAAUCCUUAGUUAUAAUGAUUAUGGUUAUGGUCAGUGUCAGGCUGUAGAAAUAAUCCUGUGUUGUGUCCCUUUGAAUUGUAGAAUAAUCGUCUGUAAUAAUUUCGAUAUACUUUCGUGGUCCAAGACAUCAUAAAUCUAAGUGAUUAGCUACUAAUUUUUCUGUGAUC